AUGCCUAUUGACUAUUCCAAGUGGGAUAAACUCGAGCUUUCCGACGACAGUGACGUCGAGGUGCACCCCAAUGUUGACAAGAAGUCGUUUAUUCGCUGGAAGCAGCGGGAUAUUCACGAGAAGCGGGAGCGUAACCGGCUCCGCACCCAGCAGCUGGAGCUGAAUGUUGAGACUAAUGAGGACCUCAUCAAGCGAGUGCGCAAACUAAUUGCGGCAGCCGAGAGCGGAGUGAAUGUAGGUGCUGACGUUGAGGCUUCAGUGAAGCUUGCGUCUGAGGGCGAAACCAAAGAGCGACCUGAUCGAGCCACUAGCGCUCAGCAGCCCAAGUACAACGACAUGGUCGAGAGUUUGCUGAUCCAGAUCACGCAGGAGGCCAAAGAUCGUGAGGGUCUUAUUGCUCAACUCAAGCAUCAUGAGAAAAUGAUUUCGGACUCGAUUGAGGCCGAAAACAAGGAGCUUGAGGAGCUGCAGGAAGAGCGGGCAAAGCACAUUGUUUCAGAGGAUUUGCAUGACGGCUGGAACUCGACCAUUGUCUACAAAUCCGACAAGAAAGACGAAGAGCCAGCAAAACCCUCGCCUUCCAAGGAGACGACUACUGAGAUUGAAGUUCUGAAUCCUAGCUCUUCUUCAAAGCCUGCUCCUCGCACGCCCAAGAAGAAUGAGGAUGGUCUUGAGGAAUUGCUCCCCAACACCAAGGAGUUUGGUAAGGUCACUCGUGGCGAUCUGUCCGCGGCUUAUCGAUUCAUGGGCAUGCAUCCCGAGAUUCUUAGCGAGGGCCAAAAGGAUGCGCUCAUGAUGAGUGCGUUUGAUGCUCAGCUUGCGGGCGAUUCUGAUAGAGCAGAAACCAUUGUGUUCAAUGCACUGUUGAUCCAGUACGUUGUUCUGUUAGGUGGUAAUGCGCAAGCGUUCUUUUCGAAGGUUGUUCAGCCCAACCACCCCGCUCGCACUGCAUUCGACGAAGACGUCAACCGCACGUUCGAGCACAUCAAGCACCGUUGCGAGAUUUUGAGUCAGGAAAAUGCCGCGGACGAGGGAGAGGAGCAAGAACAGAUCCAGCUGCACGCCGUCGACCCUAAUACAGAGAUUGUUGUUGCGGUUCCUGAAGAAGGAAGCGAGGGCCGGGCCAUUUACGAUGCAUUGAGUGAGCCCGUUCGCAAGGCAAUCGAGAGCCGCAAGCUCGACGAGAUCAACAAGGUGCUUGCCGAGCUGGAGGUUGCCGAGGCAGAAGACCUUGUGGGCAAGCUUGGCGAGGCCGGCGUUUUGCUGGUGGAAGAAAAGAUCUACGACGCGGCAGAGUGGCAGGAGAAACAACACGAAUUAGAAGAGGAACUAGAUUGA